AUGGCAGACACCUGGAGCAAGAACGUUUACCCGAGAGGAGAAAGGAGUUUCACGGGAAGACAGGGCUUGGAGAGAGAUGAGGGAGGGAAACGGGGGCCGCCAUGCACCCUCAGCUCGGGGACUUUGGAGAGGGUCGGGGCUCAGUGGGAGCUGGAGGCCCAGGGCCCCGGCCAGUGCCCAGCCCCGCUGGGAGCCCCGGCCAGCACCACGGACGGCGCCCAGGAAGCCCGAGUCCCCCUGGACGGGGCCUUCUGGAUCCCGAGGCCCCCGGCAGGUUCGCCCAAGGGCUGCUUCGCUUGCGUGUCCAAGCCCCCCGCCCUGCAGGCUCCAGCGGCCCCUGCCCCUGAGCCCUCGGCCUCUCCCCCGAUGGCGCCCACACUGUUCCCCAUGGAGUCCAAGAGCAGCAAGACCGACAGCGUGCGGGCCACCGGCGCGCCCCCGGCCUGCAAGCACCUAGCCGAGAAGAAGACGAUGACCAACCCCACGACCGUCAUCGAGGUCUACCCGGACACCACCGAGGUGAACGACUAUUACCUAUGGUCCAUCUUCAACUUCGUCUACCUCAACUUCUGCUGCCUGGGCUUCAUCGCCUUGGCCUACUCCCUCAAAGUGAGUCCGGGUGGCGGCAGGGGGCAAGGGCGGGCUGGAGAGGUGGUGCCGGCAGGACGGUCCCUGGCUGGCGAGCUCAGCCCCUCUCCCUCUCAGGGGAGCACACGGGUAGAGCAGGUGCAGUUGAGGGGCCAAGGGUUCAAAGGACAGCGAGGGGUCCUGAUCGCGGGUCCCAGAGAGGUUGAGGUAGUGGCUAGGUCUGGGCGGGCAGGGAUCUGCCCUUCCCUCUCCUGAGCCAUCAGAGCCUGGCUUUCUGCUCAGCCAGCACAGCGGAACCUGCAGGAGGGGCUGGAGGUGGGCCAAGGGGGUCAGUGCUCGGGCUCAGGGGACAUGGGACAUAGACCUGGGCAACAGCCACUCCUCCGUGUACAGGGAUAGGGCCAGCAUGGGGCUGAAGAGGGCUUGGAAUCCUACCCUUGUGGAAAGGAAGAGCGGCCACCUUCUUAUCCAGCUCCUCACCCGGAGCCCAAGGGCAGGUGCUUACACAGCUCUGCCAGGCCAUGCGUGGAGACCAGUCCUGGGUGGCCAGGACAGCUCAGGGAAGAGGGGUGUAAACAGGUUCUACACCUCCCCAGCCCCCACCCUGAGAGGGCAUGACUUCCAGAAUCACCUCAGUGCUGCGAGAAGAGCUGACUGGUAGCAGAGCAGGUGCUGGGCAGACAUGACCCAGUCCCCCUGAGGUCAAGGUGGAGCGACAGGGAUGGAGGUGGUGGGAGGGAGGCUGUGAUGGGCUCACAGUGAGGGGGGCAGCCCUGUGUAAAUGUGUCUGGUGCUGGAGCCCUUCCUGGGGAAAGGAGCGUGAGGGCGAGGGCUGGCCCCGGUGCCCUCCUCCCCACCCCGAGGCACCGGAAGGAAGGGCUUGGCUCACGUUUAGCCUAAUCAUCACAUUUCCCCAGCCCAGACUUGAGUGGCCAAGGCCAGAUGUACUCCACCAGUGCAGCUGCCCUGCCGGGUGGGGGAGAAGACGGGGGAUGCGGGGAGGGAAGAGGCUGGGCAGAAGCUGGCUGAGGGAAAGGACGCCCGGCCAGCUUCGCCUCUGCUCCAUCCUUGAGCUGGAGCCCCACCCCGGCCGGCAUCGCAACUGCCGUCGGCUUUCGGGUCCUGCUCCUGACUCAUCAUCAUUGCCAACCCCCGGCAUUGCCCACUGGCACGGGCACCUUCAACCUCGGGCGUGCCGACCCAUCCCUGGGCUCUGACACAGGGGCCUGUGUGUGAGCCAGCACGUGCCAGUGUAUGCAUGUACUCAAGUGUAAUUGCAUAAAUGGGCGUGUACUGUGAGUGUAAUUGUAUGUGUGCAU